AUAUUUCUAAUGUCAACUGCUUGUGAUGUGUGCCCUGAGUUCUUCAAGAGGUUUUCAGCCUGACCCACCGUUCCAUUUUCAGACAUGUCCGAAAGGCCUGCCGAGUUCAUGAUAAGUCUGUUCAUGGCGGUGUUGAGUUCAACUCAAGUGUUCGAUAUCAUUCUGAUGGUAUACCUAGCUGGGACCAAGAGCAACAGAAUCCAUGUGCUGAUAGCAUAUCUAACUCCAGUCAUAAUCACUAGCCAAGUUCUGAAGCCAUACUUCCAAGAUCCUCGACCAGCCUUAUCUUGCAUCCAUGGGUAUGGAAUGCCUUCUGGUCAUUCCACAGCAGCUGGAGCUGUAUUUGUAACAGCCAUAACUCUCUACCUACAAAAAGUAAUCUCGUCUUUUGACUUGGCUUUGUUGUAUGGAAUCAUGAUGCCUGUUCAAGCAUACAGCAGAAUUUACCUUCACUACCACAGUGAAGCCCAGGUUUUAUCUGGGUUCUCAUUAGGAGCUACAGUUGCAAUGGGUUUGUACCUGAUAUUCCCACUCCUACCUGAUCAACAGGAGCUAAGCCAAAGAGUUUACCUAAACGAAAUGCAGGAACACUCUAGUCCGAUGAAUGUCCCAAAUGGAAGGUGUGAGUCUUUGAUGGUAUAAAUUAUAUGCUUAAAAUCAUAAACAAAAUUGAUCUUUGGUAAACUG